CAAUUAUUUCGAAGGUUUCAAUGUGUCUGACAUAUUUCAGUUUUGAAGAUUCUGUCUUCACAUUUGGCCACGUCAUUGUCGAAUCAUAUGGUAUGGGUUCGAGAAGUGAUUUUCCGUAUCGGGUUAAGCUAUAACAGUACCCUAGUUAUAAUCAAAUGGAUGGGCUUUUAAGUUCUAAUGGCUGCCUUCCAGUUCAGUGUUCAGCAAGUCAGUUUUACCUCAGAAGAUUUCUCCUUAGAUGCAUCUUCUGUUGACUCUUUGAGUAGCGUAGUUGAUCCUAAUGUGGAUUUUAUCACUGGAAAUGAAAACACAUUGGAGGAAAAAGAGAUUAAAACUGAAUGGAAAUCUUCAAAAGUUACUUUCUCUGAUAAAAUCAAGAUAAUGGAGAAUAAAAAUCAGACGUCUUCAGUAUCUGAUGCUGAACAUGUUGCUGAUAAACAGCAUUCAAGUGAAUCUAUUACACCCAGUUAUCCGACAAUACCUCUGGCUGUUGCUCAUUACAUAAAUCAGAAUAAUCCAGAAUUUUACCAAGAAGCUGAAAAGUAUUUGAAUCAUGAGACCAGUAAUAAAUCUGCUUUUGAUAAUGUAUAUGCUGUUCAAGAAAAUAACCUUCCUUCCUCUCCACUUCACUCAUUGUCCAUUGCAACAGAAGCUUUAGCUUUACAACAGAGUGUUAUUGGAAAUAUGGGUGUGAAGCCAGUAUCUGCUGAUAUUGUUGCCCAGGUUGUCGCCAGUACUAGACAACGACUUGCUGAAAAUUCACAAGAUUUGACAUCAUGUGAUCCGAGUUUAGCACCAUUAUCUACUACUGAAAUAACUAAUGUUUCAAAUAUAGGGAAAUCCACUAAUAAAAUUAAAAGUGAGCAGUUGGAUUAUAAGGAAAGUACUUGUACAUCAAAACUAAUCAGGUAUCCUUCUGAAAGUAUUUCUUCAGUUGUGGAAAAAAGACCUUGGUUUUCAAGUUCAUCUACUGAAUUUUCAAGCAGUGCAAUUUCUAAACCAGUUCAUAAAAAUUCCUUAAAAAAGAAUCUAUCUCACAGUAACAGUAGUAGUCAGAGUAGUAUUAAUAGUAUAGGGCAAAAAAAGUGUCUUCAGACAAAUGAUAUUGAAAUGCCAAAAGUGCAUUCAUCAAAAAAGUUUUUGUCUAAACAUGUGAUAAAUAGCAGAGUGUGUGGGAAAAAUGAUUCACCAUAUGAAAUGUAUCCUGAUAGUUCAUGUGACUAUGAAACUGAAUCUAGUGUGUCUGAAAAAUUUGAAGUAGAAUCUUUGUGUUCUGAAGCCUUUGAAACCGAAUCUAAUUUCUCAGAAAUUAGUGGCAUUGAUGAUGAGAUAUUUCAAAUUAGGCGAACUUCAGAUGCUCACCUCAUAAAUUUUGCUGGUAACUCAAACAAAGACUUAAAACAUAAUGGUACACAAGUUAGCACUGUAACUUCUCAUGCAAAUACUUCUCCAUUGAAACAUUCAACCCCUAAGCAUGUUACUGAUACUGAUGAGAAAGCAACAGAAACUGAUGAUUCCUAUCAUAUCAAUAUAUUAAGAGAGAAAGCAAACCUAGAAGGUCGUCUUGAAACCAUAGCUCAGGAUCAAACUGAUUUAAUUAAAGAACGGGAUCAUUUUAGUUCAUUGUCUACAUCUUAUGAAGCCCAGCUAAAAGCUCUGCAGAAACAGUUAGAUGUUGCAUUGUCAGAGAAAAGAGACAUCUUGAAAUUAUUGGACUUGCAAACUAAAGAACAUAAGAAUUGGGACAAUGUAAUUAAAGAAUAUCAAAAUAUUAUUGAAUCUAAAAAUAGUGAAAUAAAAGGUCUUAAAGAAGACUUGUCUUUAAGUGAACAAGCAAAUACUGAAUGUAAAAUAAGCCUCGAAGAACUGAAAGUAGAUAUGGAAUCUAAAGAUGGAGCCAUUUCAGGAUUAAAAAAGAAAAUUGCUGAAUUGCAUGUUGAAGUUCAGGUUCAUUUGCAAGGAAAAGUUCAGUUAGGAAAUGAAUUAAAAAAUGUCCGACUUGAAAUAGAAACUUUGCAAAAAUCCAAAGAUUGGUUUCAAGAACAACUUCACAUAGCCCAAGAAAAUAGAAAUAAGUUGCAUCAAGAUUUGAUAUCUGCUCAAAGUGAGCAAGCUGUCUCAAGCAACAAUCUUGAAAAGAUCAUAGCUGAGAAAAAUCAACUUCGUCAAGAAUUAAUUCAUACACAGCAACGGGCUGUUGCUGAGAAAGAAGUUUUGAUGAAGCGCUUAGAAACUAUAGAAGCAGAUAUGAAAGAGCGUGAAUCAUUGUUUGAUGAAAUUCAGAAAGACAAAGGCACUGCAGAGUCUGCUCUUGUUGAGCGAAUACGCAAAAUAGAAGAGGAAAAGUCCCAUUUGAUGGAUUUAUCAUUUACAAUAUCAGACCAGGAACACCAGAUUAAAUUUUUAAAAAGUGAUUGUGAGGAAAAGGCAGAGCUUUUAAAAUCUUUGGAAAAAGAGAGAGCUGAAUUAAUGAAGCAGGUUGCUGUACUACACAAAUCAUCAAAUGAUAAAGAUCUGAAUAUUCAGCAACUGACACAGCAAAUAAAAGAUAUGAAUAUUAAAUUAAAUCAUGCAGAGAUGGCAUUAUCACAUUCUGAAGAAUUAAUCCAUAAUUUAAAAGAUGAAAAAACAGCCACUGAUGUUGCAUUAGCUUCGGUGAAUGAAGAAAAGCGUGUUAUUAAUGAGUCAUUAAAGAAUGUGAGUGAAAAUCUCAAUAAAUUCAAGCAUAAUUUCAAACACAUGAAAGCAGAAUUGCUAACACGAACUUCACAAGCAGAGCAAUUACUGAAAGAGAAACAGCUCUUAGAAGAAACCAUUAGGAAGAAUGAGGAAAGUGUACUGUUGUUACGUAAAGAGUUCGAGCAGCAAGUGCUAUCUAAAACUCAGAAUAGAGAUGUAAUGUUUGAUGAUUUACAGAAAAAGAAAAAUGAUGUUGAAAGUGUCCUUAAUGUAUAUAGUAAAGAUUUGCUAAAUUACCAGCAAACUGUUGAAAAUCUUUCCAAACAAAAGACAGAACUAAAUAAUGAAAUUUCUGAGUUAAAAUUAGUUAUUAGUAACAAAGAAAAUAAAAUUAUGCAAUUAGAUACAGAAAAUGAAUCUUUAAAGAAAAAAUUAUUUCAAUUUGAAAAUAAUUUUAAUGAUAAAGAUGUAGUUUAUGUUGAUGAGAAUAGUAUAGCCAUAUCACCUAAUGAGAAGCCUGCAAAGUGCUCAACUGAGGAAUACCAAAGAAAAUUGCAGGUUUCUAGAGGUAGAAAAAUUUUGUAUAAGAAGCUUAAAGAGAAGAUGAAAGAAUGUGAAAGCCUGAGAAAAGAGCUUGAGUUAAAAAGUGAAACUCAAGGAAAUAAAGACAAUUGUGAAACCAAAGAAUUAGCUUCAAAAUAUAGCCAAUGUGAAAUGGAUAAAGCAGUAGUUCAGAAUGUUCAAGAUUUAGAGAAUCAAUUAAAAGAACAAAAAAUGAUGUUGAAAGAACAAACUCUCUUACUGAAGAAAAGUGAAAAUACUAUAUUAGAGCUUGAGAAAGAAAAAGGAAAAGCAGAUGGCAUCGUGGAUAAAUACAAUGCUUUGAAACAACGUGUGUCUGAACUUGAAUUGAAAAUAGCAGAGAGAGAUUCUCAGGUUGUUGAGCUAAACUGUAAAAUAGAAGAACUGAACACUCAAAUUUCUGACUUAGAAUCAAGUUCAAAAAAUCAGAUUUUAAGUUUAGAAUCUGAUUUAAAUAAAGAAAAGGCAGUGGUCAAGAGUUUAAGACAACAGGUAUUCCAAGAAAAAAGAGCAAAUUCACACUUGCAGAGAGAUUUAUUAUCAUUAAAAUCAGGUUUGGAGCAAACAAAUCAAAUAGCUGAUUCUAAGAAACAAGAAAUAACUGCUCUUCAGUCUGAACUGUCUGUAAAAAUGCAUGCAGAACUGAAGCACAGAGCAGAAAUUGAACAUUUUCAGAAUGAAAUGCGGGUAUUAAAUUCUGUGAUUGAAAAACUGAACAAAGAGCUAGAAGAAGUAAAAGCUCGUGAUCCAGCACUGGCUGAGCAACUAAAGGCUCUGAGUUGGCGCUUAAAGGAAAAGACAAAUGAGGUUCUAGCCUUGCAAGAAAAGCAAAAUCUAAUUGAAGACAGGCAUAAAUCUGAAAUAGAAGGAUUAAGGAAAAUUUUACAAGAUACUCAAAUAGAAAUGGAACGUAUUAAAAUAGAGCUUAAUAAUACAAGGAAAGAAAAAUUCAACUAUCAAUCAAAAGUAAUUGAACUAAGGAAGGCUUUAAAAUCCAAAUUAGCUGAAUUAGAGUCAAAAGGUAUUCUCCGUCUGGAGAAUAAAACAUCAAACAAUGGACCAGUUAUUCAUUUAAAUAUCCCUGAUCCUGAAGUAUCAUUUGAUGAAUCAUAUGUAAACAGCCUUCUUCAAAAAAGCCUCUCAGUAAUCUACAGGAAUGUUUGAAUUCCUUGAAAGAGGAAAUGGUGCAGCUUCAAAAAAAGAUUAUUGACAGCACUGAGACAUCAUAAUAUAUGUACUGUAUUAUAAAUAAUGAAAUUAUUUUUAUUACUGUAACAAAUGUACUUUUGUACUGAUGUGUUGGAGGAUCUUUCCUGUGGCUAAAAGUAGGUUGUUAUAAAUAUAUUUGUUUUUUAACAUUGUUUCAUACAUUUAAAAGUGCAGUCUUCCAUCCGAAAAUAUGUGCUACCAUGCUGAUAGUAUAUAUUAUUUUUUUCCUCUUACGUUUUUCUGUUUAUUUACAUGUUCAUGUUUAAUCUUGUUCUUGAACUAUAUCAUUAAAAUAUAAGAAAUGUAAAAUAAUUAACUCUGUGAAUCCAUAACUUUUCCCUUGGGGGGGUAUGUAUAUUUAUUCUUUUAAUGCAUUUAAACCUGAGCUUUCAGUUAAAGUACUAUAUUUUAGUGUAAAAGAAAUUUGUUUAAGAGUAUAGUGAAUUUUGCCUAAAAUGAAGUUUUUGAAUGUGACUAAGAAUUUACUUUUGUACAAUUAGUAUCAGAAAAUGUUUUAAAUUUAAUUAAAUGUUUAGACUUCAUAUUUGUUCCAUAACAGAUUGAUUUCUGUUUAUAAAUUUAUUUAAUCAUAUAAUUUGCUAUUUUUUUCGAUAUCAUACUAGUUAAUUUUUAAGAAAUUUAAUGCAGUACUUAAUUAUUUUUAUGUUCAAGUGUUUUAUUGCACCUUUUUUUAUGUUUAUCUAAUAUUAUAUUAGUAACACAUUUUACUUUCUCAGAAAGGGAGUUAAAUGUUUUAGUUUUUUUAUACGACAUUUUGUGUAAGUGAUUUCGUAAUCUCCCUGUUAUUAAUUUUUUAAAAUAUAUUAUAGUUUAAUAAUUAGCUUUAAAUUUUUUCUCUCUCCUCCCCACCCCCCUUUUUUUUUUUUUUUUUUUUAAGAAAGCUUUCUGUCGCUUUCUGUUCUUUUUCCCUUCUUUAAAGUUUAUAAGCAACUUAUUUUUUAUCUCUAUCUUUCUUUUGCUUCUGUAACCUUUUGUUUUAAUUGAAAUUUUGAGAAAUGGAUGUUUUUUUGCAAUUAUUUAAAUGUUCAUUAAAUUAAUAGUUACUAUUAGUGGUGAAUUAAACUAUUGAAUAUAUAUUUUUUGCCAUUGCCAAUCUCUCUGAUCACAAUUGAAAUGUUUGGAAUAAACAAAGGAUUAUUUUUUUCAGCUUAUUAAAUUUAUAUUGUAACAUGAACCUCUUAGAAUUAGAAAAUUGCAUAUAUGGGAUUACUGCUUUGUAAUUAUUAUUGUUUUAUUUGUAUAAAAGAAUCUAUGUGUUAAAGGUCUUUAAAUUGUAAAAACUUAGCCACAUUAAUGCAAAUUAUUUGAAAUCUUAAUUUUGCUGAGUAUUAAAUUCUCUGUCAAUUAAAAUGUUUAAAUAUAUUAUGUAUUGUGUUAUAUUUUAAAUUACAUUUCACUUGCUUUUUCUGGUUGUGUGCAUGUAUGUUUAGUAUGUACUACAUAGACAUAUUUAUGCAUAUUUUGCACUUUUUUGGGGGGGGUUCAUUUUUGAUUUUUUCUGUAAAAUCAAAGCAAUUACAAUUGCCUGUUAAGAAAAGUGCUCUUUAAAAUGGAAAAUGAAGGUGCUAAGGAAUAAAUAUGAAGUGUAUUUGCAUUUUUUUUAUUUUUCUUGAAAUUUGUUUGUUAGAGGUUUGGUAUUUCUUAGUGUGCAAAAUUUUCUACAAAUUUUAAAAAUGGUAACUUAACAAUGUGCUCAGAGGAUUGGCAUCGGUUAUUUUUUUAGUGUUCCAAACAAAUUAGUCUAGAAUAAUAAUAUACAAACAUAACUACUCUUGAGUAACUGAUCAACAGAUUACAAUGAUUCUGCAGCACAUAACAAUAUGCAAGAAUUUCCUGUGUAGUAAUGCUGCUGAUCAGUUAAGAAUUAGUUUUGUAGGAAACAUAAUGAAAAGAAAUUCAGCAUAAAAGAAAUUUUGUUGAAUUAUUUCAUUUAAAAUUAUUUAAGCAAUCAGAUAUAUAUUAUUGAAAAUGAUAGAAGUACAAGUUGUAUAAAAGUUCUCUUUACAUUGAAAAUCAUAUAAAAUGUAUUCUCUAAAGGUAGCAGAUUUUCAUAAUUUAUUUAGGUCUAAAAAAAGUAAAUUAAGUAUAGACUAGAAGAGAAACACACUAAUGUGACAAUCAAAAUCAUAAAAAC